UUCCUUAUUACGCAGUAUGGAGCUGGUGCGUGUUCAUUGAGCGUGGAAAGCGCACUCUGUAAACUGGACACACUGUCCGCGCUGUGCCAAACACUUUUAUACACUUUACGCUCAGCACCGCGGGCAUUGUGUCGGACCGAAGGAUCAUGAGUUUGAGCUCCUGUCACAGCAGCAACUCGGAGGACAUGAGCGACGAGCUGGAGACGCUGGGGUGGUACCACUGUGACCUGUCCCGCCAUGCUGCUGAGGCCCUGCUGCUAAACAAUGGUGUGGAUGGAAGUUACCUCCUGAGGAACAGUAACGAGGGCCCGCAGAGCUUCGCCCUCUCUGUCCGGGCCAAGGAUUCAGUGAAACAUUUCCACGUUACCCGCAGAGACAGCAGUUAUGUGUUUGGCUUCAAUGAGUUCCCCACACUCGAAGAUUUCGUAAAGCACUUUGCAAACCAGCCUCUCCUGGGCAGUGACACUGGAACGCUGAUGGUUCUCAAGUGUCCUUACCCCUGGCGCGUAGAGGAACCACCUAUCUACGAGUCUGUGCGUGUUCACACAGCCAUACAGACAGGCCGCACUGAGAAUGACCUGGUGCCCAACGCUCCAGCGCUUGGUACUAAAGAGGGCUACUUAAUCAAACAAGGAGCUAUAGUGAAGAACUGGAAACAGAGGUGGUUCACGUUGAAUCGAUACGAGCUGAAGUAUUUCCGAGACAGAGAGUGUGUAGAGCCAAUCCGGACUCUGGACCUUAGAGAGUGCUCUGCUGUUCAGUUUGACUAUUCCCAGGACAGAGUUAACUGCUUUUGUAUGGUGUUUCCGGAGAGGACUUUUUAUGUAUGUGCAAAGACCGGUGUGGAGGCUGACGAGUGGAUCAAGAUACUCAAGUGGAAACUGUCACAGAUAAGAAAAGGCCGAUGACCCCUUCCGCAAGAAACCACAGGAGCUUUCAUAUCUUUUCAUACAUUCAUUCUCAGUUAUUUUCAGCUCCCCUAUGCUUGGUAUUAUUUAUUGACACAAAACAUGGGGGACAUUUGUACUACAAAAUCAAAGAUGCGCUCUGGUGCUGAAUGAACUCUACCCACUCGACAUGUGUUUGUAAGAUGAAAAUUGUGUUUUUAAAUAAAAGUGUGUUUCUGA